AUGUUGGAGUCACUUUUCAGAGUUCUUGAAUACGCUCUUCUUGCCUUGUUCGCAUCCUGCGCCACUUCUCCCCGCUCGCCCCCUCCUCCCUCUGUUUCUUCUGCUACCUCCCCACCUCUCCUCCUAUUCCCCCUUCUCCUCCCCUCGUCUCCUCCUCCCCUCCUCCCCUCCUCCGCUCCUCCCCUUCUCCCCUCGUCCCUUCGUGCCAUGCGCUGUUGUGCCGUGCACACACCCGCAUUAUCUUUCAUUUCAUCACCCUUCCUCUCCAUCUCCCCCUCCCUCUUCCUCAUUCAAUUCUUUUCCCCCCCCCGCCUGGCCCCCACUUUCUCUCUACCUCCUUCCCUUUCCUCUUCAUCUCCCUCUCCCCCCCCGUCUCCCUUUCCCCUUUUCCUCUGUUUCCUCCCUUUCCUCCCGUUCCUCCCUUUCCUCCCGUUCCUCCCUUUCCUCCAUUCCUUCCCUUUCCUUCCCCUCCUCCCCCUCCUCCCCAGCGACACGUGUGAGUCCAUUGCCUCCCUCUUCUCUCUCACCGCCUCCUGCCCAGAACCCUCCCAGCCCUGCACCACCGACCUCCUGAGCCUCAACCCGGGCCUCGACUGCACUGUUAAGCCCUACAGGCCUCUCCAUCUGCCUGGAGCGUACCACACCUCUCAUGCCCAUGUGCGAGGAGACUGUGAGGGUUCAGGGCACGAGGAACGCGACGUGUGCAUCGUUGCUGGCGGGGAGGCAGCCGCCGCUGAGUGCGCUGGAGCUCUACCGCAUGAAUCCCGGCAUCUACUGCCACCGCCUGCUUCCGCCCUCCAUUGA